AUCGCUUAACAGAAACAUAUGGUUUUUGUUUGUAGAUGAAUAAGAAAAUAGUUUAUAUGACAAAGCUGCACUAUAAUGGAUGAGAAAGAAAAUCCCUUUGAUAUGGAUAGCCCCAGCUUCGAUGCCGAUCGAUAUUUGGAGAAGCUGCUCAAGGAAUGCUCCCUCAAGCAGAUCAUGGACACAGAGGCCGCCGUCGUCAAAGACACUCAGACGUUGCACUCGGACAUGCAGACACUCGUCUACGAGAAUUACAACAAAUUCAUCUCUGCCACGGACACGAUACGCAAAAUGAAAGAUGACUUCAAGCAGAUGGAAACGGAUGUGAAUCUGCUGAUGAAUAAGAUGCAAUCGAUUACCACAUUCAGUGAACAGAUUACGGGCACUCUCCAAGGCACACGCUCGCAGCUCUGUCGCCUCUCCGAGAAGCAUUCGCUGCUGAAGCGCCUGCAGUUCCUCUCGACGUUGCCAGCCAAGCUGAAGGCACUGAUCGAGGAGCAGAACUAUGCACAGGCGGUGCAGGAUUACUUGCAUGCCCAGAAGGUGUUCGCCCAGUAUGGACGACAGCCCUCGUUCGAUGGCAUCAAACGCGAUUGCGAUGCCAUCAUGGAGGAGCUGAAGGAGCGUCUGCGUCUGGACUUUCAGAGUGCCGGCAAUACGGCUCAGUCCUUGACAGAAAUUGGCGAACUGCUGCUGCAGCUGGACGAGAAGACCUCCGACCUGGCCAGCGAGAUGUUGAGAUGCGCCAGCAAGCGGCUUCACGAACAGAUAGUGAUGCUGCAGGAUCAGACGGAACGGGAUAUGCUGGAAUUCGUGGACAUGGGCAUUGAUGGCUUUCUCAACGAUUUGGCGCUGGUGGUCACCUCCUAUUUUGAUAUGUUUGUGGCCAAGCACUAUGAGCAGGAGCGCGACGACUUCCAGGAGAACGCCUUGAAUGCGCUGAACGGCUUUCUCAAUGAGAACAUCGACAAGUAUUUGACCUUGGUGCAGGAUCGCGUCGAAUCGGACAUUGGGUAUGGCGAUACGCAGGUAAUGCUGCGCGCUCUGGAUCGACUGCAUCGCCGGCUGCAGGCCAUGCGCAACAUCUGCCGCGGCUUGCAGGUGCAACGGAAUACGCUGGACAUCAUCAUCGGAGCUGCCCAUCAGCUGUGCGAUGCGCAUGGCAAGAACUUGAAGGAUCACUUUGCAGACAGUCUGAGCGCUGUGCGAUUGUCCCUGGUCUCGGCCAAGAGUGACGUGAAUCUAAGCGAACUCAUUAGCAAUCUGUACGUGGCCAUGGUGGAGAAGAUCAAGGGCGUGCUGCAGGAUUUGAUGAUCUUUCUGCGCACCGACUGGUCCUUCAAUAUCAAAGCGGAAAAUAAGGGCGCGCUGUGCGUGGAGGGAAUCAGGGAGAAUCUGCUGAUUGGUUUCCUGCGCCACAUCUCAAAAGUGAUGUCCGGCUUUGCGGAUGUAUCCAGCUCCAGUCCGCCCAACCUGCUGCUGGUGUUGUCCAAGACGUGCCUCGAGCUGGAGCAGCAGGGCGUGCACAUGCUGAUUACUCUGGUCGAUGAUCUCUAUGAAAUUGAUUCGGAGAACAGCGCCACGCUCACGCACGAGACAGAGAUUUGUGCCGAGAUGCGCGAGACAGCCCAAUCCCUGCUCGAUUCCUAUGUGCGUCUGCAGGGCACAAAUAUAUCCCAAAUGCUGCGCAAGAGCGUGGAGACGCGCGACUGGCUCAACUGCCUGGAGCCGCGCUCGGUGCGCGCUGUCAUGAAGCGCGUCGUCGAGGAACUCGGCAGCAUAGAGACGGUGCUGGCCAGCCUCUACGAGAGUGCGGGCAAUACGGGCUUCCGCACCACGGCCAGCAGCGACUCCAGUAGGAAAACCUACUUCAGCAAUUUCAAUGCAUCGAAGCCGCAAUACCGCUCCAAUUGGUCGAAUUAUACACCCUCGCAGCUGGAGUCCAGCUAUGUAUCCAAUAUACAUCGUUUGUUCUCCGAGCGCGUGGACAUCUUUACCUCGGUGGAGUUUACCAAGGCUUCCAUUGUCAUGGGCAUCAUUAAAAUUGGACUCAAGACGCUGCUGGAGUGCGUGCGCCUGCGCACCUUUAGUAAAUUUGGCCUGCAGCAAAUCCAGGUGGAUGCGCACUAUUUGCAAAUGAAUCUCUGGCGUUUCGUCAGCGAUGAGAACUUGGUUAACUUUUUGCUGGACGAGAUUCUGGGCUCGGCCGUGCAUCGGUGCUUGGAGUCUGUUCUCAUGGAACCGAAUGCCGUGGAGAUCAUUUGUGAGCGUGGUUAGUACACUGCAAGAAAUUCCAAGCACA